AUGCGCAAGUUCAAGGUGCCCUCGUGGCUCAUGUCGCAAUCGCCCGACGCAGAACAAAAGAAGGAGAAUCGUCGUUCCUUUUCCGGUUUCUCUCAGUUUAGGUCCAAGCAUGAGUCUUUGCCUGCGCGAAAGUCUGUUGCGGUGGACGAGAGCCAGCCGCGGCAGCAGUCGAACUUGCUGGAGCUUGCCAGGAGGAUCACUGCCGAGACGGAAAAGCUGGAGACGUACGUGAGAAACAAUGGCCUGCCAGAGCCAAGUUUCGCGCUCGGUGCCCCGGAUUGCCUACCACGGCUGCCCGCGGACAUGCAAAGGUGUAGGCAGGAGAUUAUUCAUGCCACCAAGGAGCUCGAAACUCUGGUACGAGGGCCAAAGGAGACUGUGCGAUGGACCAUAUGGAAUUGCCUUGACACGUUGAGUCUCCAGAUCAUCAACGGCUACGGCAUAGCUCGCCUCGUUCCCGUGGACUCUCCUAUUCCGCUCACAGAGCUUCAGGCCAAGACGUCGCUUGAUCCGAUCAACCUCGCCCGCGUGCUGCGGCAUGCCAUGACCAAUUACAUAUUCCACGAGCCCGAGCCUGGCCUCAUCGCACACACAGCAGCCUCGCGUGAACUAGCCCAGGAUGCUGCCUUACAAGACUGGGUCGGCUUCAACGGAGAGGACCUGUUUCCCUCGGCCGCCAAGGUCCUCGACUCCCUCAAGGCACAUCCGGAGGCGACCUCGCUGACCACCACGGGGUUUAACUUCGCCUUCGACACGAUUGGCAAAGAGCCGAUGUUCGUCACUUUUGGCAAAGACGGCGCGCGUGCCAGGCGAAUGGGCGGGGCGAUGGCGAGCCUGACUGAGGGAGAGGGAUACGAGGUAGACCAUUUCAAGGACAACUAUGACAUGUCGGAGAUUGAUGAAAAGGGGGGAACCUUUGUUGAUAUCGGGGGCAGCCACGGCUUUGUCUGCGUCGACCUGGCAAAGAAAUGGAAGAAGAUGACGUUUGUGGUGCAAGACCUUCCCAAGACGGUUGACAGCGCGCCAAAGCCAGUUUGCGACGACGAGUCGGUCGCGGCGAGGAUUCAGCUGCAAGCCCACGACUUUUUUGAGGAGCAACCCGUCAAGGGCGCUGACGUUUAUUUCUUUCGCUGGAUCAUUCACAAUUAUUCGACGCCCUACGCAGUCAAAUUGCUCAAGAACCUCGUCCCCGCGCUGAAACCGGGCUCCCGCGUCGUCAUCAACGACCACUGCCUGCGCGACCCUGGGGCGGAGAAGCCAUGGGACGAGAAGUUGAUUCGAGGCAUGGACAUGGUCAUGCUGACGCUGCUCAACGCGCAAGAGCGUGAAGAGCACGAGUUCCGGGCGCUGUUCCGAGCGGCAGAUGAGCGAUUCGUGUUCAAGGGCGUUACACGAACCGAGGGCUGCCGCAUGAGCAUUAUCGAGGCAGUGUGGGAGCCGGGUGAAAUCAAAGUCAACGGGAGACCGUCCAAGAGGCGCUUGUGA